UUGAAUUCUUGUAGUAAAAAUUUUGUUUCUACUAUCAGCAUUCUAAUAUCUUUCUAUAAUUUUAUAUACUCCAUGGAAUCACCAAAAUUUGAAUUAACAAAAAUAUUGGAAUGGGUGCAACUAAAUGAUUAUAAACGUAUAGCCUUACAAUUUCCUCAAGAUUUACUUUCAAUUGCACCGGAAAUUCUUUUGGAAUUGGAGAAAUGUGCAAAUGACAAACAAUUUUUUAUUUUGGCAGAUACUUCUUACAGAAGCUGCUGUUUGGAUUUGAUUGCUGCUGAGCAUGCAAAUUGUGAUUCUAUUGUUCACUUCGGAGGGGCAUGUAUGACAGAUUUAAAUGGCAAAAUACCUUCCCUUUAUAUUUUUGAAAAUACAAACAUCGAUUUUGUCAACUUUAGAGAAAAUAUUUCAAAAUUUAUUGAUACAAAGGAUGAAAAGGAAUUUGAUCAAAUACUUAUUUUGUGUGAUUCUGACUAUUCGGAUUUGGAAAGUAUGGUUUUAGAGUAUGUUUUUAAUGUUUGUGUAGGAAGAAAGGGGAGAUAGUUUCGUAAUUUUUAUGUCGAAAUUGGGAGAGAUAUUUUUUUAUAAUUUUAGGGAAAGAAUUUUCCUUUUUUAGUCUAUGGAUCAGGGCUGCACGCAAUUGCGGAUUGCGUAAAUUGCGGGGGUAU